UUGAAGUGGUCGCCGUGUUAAGACUGAAGACUGAACCCGAAGACCGCCCAGCCCUACCGCAACCAGCAGCCAGCAAACCAGCAAACCAGCAACCAGCAAUCAUUGCAAUCAUUGUGCUCGCAGCUCGCAGCAGAAGUAUCUACAGAAGUAGCUCCGCCCGUGGAUCGCGUUUUGUGUGUCCAUUAAAGUGCUCUGUGUCUCGAAUUACCUGCCUAGAUUUGGGAAAGUAGUGAAAGGCCAUCAAACGCCGACUGAAAGAAUUUGCAGCAUGUUCCUCCUCGCGCUGUUCUGCCUAGCCCUGGCAGCGAUGGGCGGCCAGGCCAAGCCCUACGAGCCGACGGCACAGCACAUUGUGAUCGUGACGCCGCAGGUGCAGGCUCAGAUGCGCCUGGAGCCGACGCUGCGCUACGUGCACGGCCUGUCCCCGCUGGCCCGUGUGGCCACGCCACAUCACGAGGAGACCUAUGUGUAUGUGCCGGCCUCGGCAGCCGCCUCGUUGGGCUCCGUGCUGGAGACUGUGGGAUCGGGACGCGCCGGCGGACUGGAAGGCAAGCAGUUUGAGGGGGUCCAGGAGACCUCCAACCAGAUCCAGCAGCAGGUGUCGCAGGGUGUCGAGAUUGUGUCCGGCCAGAUCGGAGAGGCUGCAGCAGCCGCCGCCGCCGCCGGCGCGGGCUUCUUCCCGGCCCUCUUCCCCGGUGGCUCCAAGAAGGACGACCUGAUUGAGACGCCAGCCAACACCCAGCCACUGAUUGCCGCCGAGGCGCGUCACUUCUACAGCCUGCCCCAGGUGUACCACACCCAUCCUGUGGUGGAUGUGGUCCACACUCCCGUCUACUCCUGGCCCAUUUCCUCCAUCCGGGCGCGCAGCAUCCAGCCCGAGCCAGAAGCAGCCGCCGAGCCGGCCGUGAAGCUUGCACCGACUGCAGAGCCCGGCCUCAAGGCAGAGCCCGAAAUUAAGGCAGAGCCGGAACUCAAGAAGCAGGCGGAGCCCAAGAAGGAGUUGGAUCUUAAGAAGGAGCUGGAUCCCAAGAAGGAGUUGGAGCUCAAGAAGGAGUUGGACCCUAAGAAGGAGUUGGAGCUCAAGAAGGAGUUGGACCCUAAGAAGGAGUUGGAGCUUGCCAAGGCAGUGACUGAGCUGAAGGAGGAGCCAGAGUUCAAGAAGGAGCUGGCGCAGCCGGAGCUACCGCUGCUGAAGGAGCAGCAGCCACUGGAGCAGCCACAGCCACAGCCCAUCAUAGCCGAGCAGCCCCAGCCCCAGUCCCAGGGGACGAAGGCCGAGUUCGCUGGCCGGCUGCUGGAGAGCAACGCCAUCAAGCAGGAGCUGAAGAGCCCCGAGAUCGCCAAGGAGCAGGUCAAGGAAGAGCCGGCCAAGGGUGUGCUAGAGGAGCUGCUGGUCAAGGGCACAUCCUUCGAGAAGAUCGAUCAGAUCCUAAAGUCAGAGCCCGCCGAGAGCAUUGCCAUUGCCACGCCCAUUGUGCCACAGGCCUAGGCGUGCGACCCAGAACGCCUCUCUGAAUCUCAAUCCACCUAUGGGCAGCUUUGGUUCUCCGACUGAUUCUCAUCGCAUGCUUGGGGCCUGGACAGGCCUGAGCACGGGGGUUUUUUUUCCCACCAUCAACCACAUCAACCAUCCACAUACCACAGCCCACAGACACCACCACACACCACACCACACACCCACAAGCGUACAUUUUAAUUACUAACACACCGAACACGCAUCGCAUUGCAUCGCACAUAGUUUUCCAUUUUCCAGCCAUCAAUUAACAGCAGCGAAGCGGGAAAGAGACAUUCAUACUUAAUUAUCAUCACGCAGAGUUCGUAUUCAUCAUCAUCAUCAUCAUUACAUAUUCAUUAACCAUAACAUUGAAAAAGUAAAACAGAACAAUAAAAAAGUGAAUGUAAAAUGUA